CACACACACACACACACACGCACUCUAUUCUCUUUCGACGAUGAAGCGUUUGAUCGGACGGCUCUCGCGAGUUGCUGACUCCUCGGGAUGCAACCAGACGAGGAAGACGGUGGUGGCCGAGGGUCACGUGCCGGUGCACGUGGGAGAGGAGAUGGAGAGGUUCGAGGUCCGUGCCGAUCUCCUCAGCCGCCCCGCUUUCGCCGAGCUUCUCCGCCGUUCCGCCCUCGAGUACGGCUACAACCAGCGAGGCGUCCUUCGGAUCCCUUGCCCAGUCCCCCUCUUCCGUCGCCUCAUCGACUCCAUUUCCGAUCCCGCCGCCGCCCAAGAGCUCGCCCUCUCGCUCCCCGGCGUCGAUGGAGAUGACGACGAGGAGAAGCCCUAAGAGCACACUCACUUCUUCGCUUCUUUUAGAAUAACUUUAGCAAUUUGACGGAAAUACCCUAUGUAGUUGGGGAAGGGAUGUGGUUGUUUGGAGGCUAGUUUGGACUUUUGGUUGGUCGUUCUGGGCACUUGAUGGGCUGGAUCACUAUUGAUUCAUGAUAAUGGGUCCCACCCAUGUUGGUUUAGAUUGGUUUGGGUGUUGUAUAUUCUUUUGUUGUUCCAUUUUCU